AUUCUACUUUAUAAACAAGAAACACUUGACUCUUUCUUCUAAUGGCUGCUACUAUUGAUACCACCACUGCUCAGUUAUCCAAGUUGUCAGUUGACAAUGUAGAGAUUAAAAAGUUGAAUGAUGUCACUGAAGGUGAAGAAGUUGAAGAGAUUCUUAAAGACAGCACAAGACGUUUCUGUUUAUUCCCUAUUAAAUAUCAUGAGAUUUGGCAAUUUUACAAAAAGGCUGAAGCCUCUUUCUGGACUGCCGAAGAAAUUGAUUUGUCCAAGGAUCAACACGAUUGGGAAACAAAGAUGAAUGAUAAGGAGAGAUUCUUCAUCUCUCGUGUAUUGGCUUUCUUUGCCAGUGCCGAUGGUGUUGUCAAUGAAAACUUGGUCCAAAACUUUUGUGACGAAGUAAAGAUCCCUGAGGCCAAGUGUUUCUAUGGUUUCCAAAUGGCUAUUGAAAACAUUCAUGCUGAAACUUACAGUCUCUUGAUUGAUACCUACAUCAAGGACACUGUCGAAAAGGAAAUGCUUUUCGAUGCUAUUGAAACCAUUCCUUGUAUCAAGAAGAAGGCUGAUUGGGCAUUCAAAUGGAUUUCCGGCAACGAUUCUUUUGCCGAAAGAUUGGUAGCCUUUGCUGCUGUUGAAGGUAUCUUCUUCUCUGGUUCUUUUGCUUCCAUCUUUUGGCUCAAGAAGCGUGGUCUUAUGCCUGGUUUGACUUUCAGUAACGAACUUAUCUCUCGUGAUGAAGGUCUUCACACCGACUUUGCCUGUCUUCUAUUCACCCACAUUCGUAAACAACCCAGCCAAGAACGUAUCAAGACCAUCAUUGUUGAAGCUGUUGGUAUCGAACAAGAGUUCUUGACCGACGCUUUGCCCGUUAACCUUAUCGGCAUGAACUCCAAGUUGAUGUGCCAAUACAUUGAAUUCGUCGCCGACAGAUUGAUGGUUGCUCUCGGUUUCGAUAAGAUCUACAAUGUAUCUAACCCCUUCGAUUUCAUGGACAUGAUCUCUCUUCAAGGAAAGACCAACUUCUUUGAGAAGCGUGUCUCUGAUUAUCAACGUGCUGGUGUCAUGAACAAGACUCCUGUUGAAAAGACCUUCACUUUGGAUGCUGAUUUCUAAAAAUGUUAACCUUUUUUUUUUAAAAAUCUAGAAACAAAAAAAACCUUCAUAAAACACACACAAAAAAAUCAUUAUGUAUAUAUCUUCACUAUUCCCUUUUCUUUUUCUUUUAUGAAAAAUAAAAUCUUCUCCCCCCCUUCUCUUACACACACACACACACACACACACAC